CUGAGUGAGUGUUCGUGUGUGUGUGUGUGCGGGGAGGGAGGACAUUAUCAGACAUUUUAAUAUACAUGUGUUGGCCCAGAACAGCCAUGACUGUCAGUAACAGUUAUUAGCACAGGGAGGACACCGACAGAGAUGCGGUUCAAACGGUCACUGUGAGUGGACAUCACGGGCAGCUCUUCUCUCCUCUCCUCCACUUUCAGACUGAGUCUCCAGUACGUGGAGACACGGUUCAGAGUGGACUGUCCACGGGGAACAUAAUGGCGUGUAGAAACAGCAGCAGAAAGAUGUUAGCUAGUUAACAGUUAAUGUUUUAAAAAGGCGUUUUCGGUUCAGACACACAGGUGACCGCAUGCUAAUGCCGCUAACAUUGUAGAUUACAGGCGGUGUGUACGUAGCCAGUUAGCUUUAGCCUCAUCAGUCUAGUGUGAGGGCCUGAGCUGUUUCUGCCUCCUCAUACCUUCGCUCUCGUCAAAUUCAAGGGCCAUGGAUUUCCCAGGCCACUUUGAGCAGCUCUUCCAGCAGUUAAACUAUCAGCGUGUCCAUGGUCAGCUAUGUGAUUGUGUCAUCAUGGUCGGGAGCAGACACUUUAAAGCCCACCGCUCAGUGCUGGCAGCGUGCAGCACUCACUUCAGAGCCCUGUUCACUGUAGCAGAGGGAGAUGCAAGCAUGAAUAUGAUCCAGCUGGACAGUGAGGUGGUGACAGCUGAAGCUUUUGCUGCUCUGGUGGACAUGAUGUACACAUCAACACUAAUGCUGGGUGAGAGCAACGUCAUGGAUAUCCUCCUCGCAGCCUCACACCUGCACCUCAACAAUGUAGUCAAAGCCUGCAAACACUACCUGACCACACGGACACUCAUGUCUCCCUCAUCCGACAGACCGACACAUCACCACCCUCAGCAGGACCAACAGAGGCGCAGACAGCAGCAACAGCAGCAGCAGCAAGUAGCAGAUUUAGCUGUGAAUCCUACUGUUGCAGCUAAUGCUAAACUUGCAGCAAAUGCAGCCACAUCAAAGUUGCAGCGCUCCUUUCUGUUGCAGCAGCUGGGUCUCAGUUUGGUUAGCUCUGCUUUGGGUGGGAUGGAGGAGGACGGGAUGGGAAAUAUGGUUGACAAUAGAGAGGUGGGACAGAGAGCCUCUUUCCCUAUCCGACGCUUCCACAAACGCAAACCCUCUCUUGCCAUGAACCUGCCAGAAGAGAGACCUAGGCAGCGGCAGCGUCCCUCAGGUCCUAACCUGGGGUUGUUAGGAGAUGAAGGGGUGAACGCAGAGCGAGAGGAUGGAGCACUUCUGUCCCCCGACUCCCAUAAGAUGGGCGACGAUUCAAAAUUGGAUGCUGCGAUCACGGGCCUGGUAGGGGUUUCCCAAGAUGAUCCUCAGAUGCCAAGCCAGUCAGACAGUGGACGCUGUGAGGGGGAGGCCUUGGGGAAAAUGCAGGGAGUGAGUAAAGAGGAGGACAUCGAUGAGCAGGAACACCAGGACAACAGAUCAGGAGUGAAGAUUAAACAGGGUACAGACGAGGAGGAGGCUGAGGAACAAGAGCAGAAGGUGGUGGUGAAACGAGAGCCGCUAAGCUCACCUGAGCCACAAGAUGAAAUCAGCGACGUGACAUCACAGGCUGAGGGCAGUGAUCCCGCUGAACCUGGAGGCCAGGAGGAGGAGGAGAAGGUGGAGCUGAGCCCAGAGAGCAGCGACCGCAGCUUCACCUCUGAACCUCAACCCAGCUCUAACUCUCUGCUGCAGCCCAGCUCCCAGCUUCUCAUCAAAAGCACCAUGGGAGGAGGAGUUGGAGUCGGAGGCAGGUUUGGAUGCAGUAAAGGAUUAAACAGCAAACCUGGUUUUAGUAUUUCUAGCUUCCUUAGCCCAAAGGAUUUUGGAAGUACUGGGUCAGGAAUGGUGACGGGAGAAGAUGACCUGCCCAACACGACAACUGGGGAUGCAGUAGCGCACCACUUCUUGCUGAGACAGGAAGCAGCUGGGCCACCUGGCACUACUUCUUCUCUUUUGCAGUCCGGUCCACUCAGCAGUGAGAGUCACAGUGGAUUUGGUGAUAAUUUAUCGCCUGAUUCUCUGUUCCUUCGUCCCCUGCAUGACAGUUUGGGUAAUCCCAGAGGAAGUGGAGGGAAUGUGAAUGGAGAACAAGGAGGGGUUGAUCCCUUUGGUUUGGACUUCCAGCACUCCAGUCUGGGGCUUCACUCUCUGGGGCGACCUUCACGUGCGGGAGCUACCACUGCCUCCCUGGGCUAUCCGGGCUACAGACGUAUUGCUCCAAAAAUGACUAACAAUAUAGGAGGAGAAGAGGGUGUGGGUGGUGUUCUUCAGGAUUCUGCUUCGUCCUCCUCAAGUCUGGCAAGUCCCCUACUUCUCAACGAGAGUGGUGGGUAUGACAUGAACAGUGGCAGGCCCACGUCCCUCCCCCCUCAGCUGACCCGAGCUUCAGCAGAUGUCCUGUCCAAGUGUAAAAAGGCUCUGUCGGAGCACAAUGUCUUGGUGGUUGAGGGAGCUCGGAAAUACGCCUGUAAAAUCUGCUGCAAAACCUUCCUCACUCUGACUGACUGCAAGAAACACAUUCGCGUCCACACAGGAGAGAAACCCUAUGCAUGUCUCAAGUGUGGAAAGCGCUUCAGCCAGUCCUCCCACUUAUACAAGCAUUCCAAGACCACCUGUUUGCGCUGGCAGAACAGUAACAUGUCCAAUGCUCUACUGUAGGACUCUACAUGGCUGCAAUAAGAUGAAUACACCAGGAAUAGGAGAUGGGCUGAAUUUAAAAUCCCAACUAUAGAAGGCACACAAAGAGCGCAAACCUCUGCCAAAGCUGCUCAGUUUCCUACAGUGUCAAUAGACUCCUUUAUCACCUUUUUAAAAAAUACAUCUUGAAUUGAAAUUGAUAGAAUCCAGUAUCUGCAUCCCUACUAAAAUCUGUUAAUUUGUUCCUAACACAUCCUACUACCCAGAAAAUAGGGUUAAAAUUUGUCCCUUACAUUUUUAGCCAUACUGCUCACAAACAGUCAGAAGCUGCCAAAAAACAGUCAUGGCAGGAGUAAACGUUUGUCUGACGCCGUUACAGAGCAGCUUGAUCUGAUCAGCUGCCAUGUCCAAACUAACUCUUCCUGAUCACAAUAUAAUCAUACAUUUACACUUUUCAAGGAGAAUCGUAUACUUUCAAGUUACUGAGAACACUUUUAUUCUGAAGAAAGAUAUAGAUGCAGGACAUUUAUAGCUACAUAUUUAUAGACUCAUUAUAUAGUGUCAUAUAUACUCUCCUGUAGAAAUAUCAUAAUAGUAUUAGAAGGCUUCUCCAUCAGUGUCACUACACGCACCCAUGUACUUUUUGUAACAUGACUCGGGCCAGUCUAGGCUUGGCUUUAAAACCUGCCACACUAUUGAAUGUGUUGGUUUUUUUAAAAACAAAAAAAACACUUCUGUUAAAUGAUGUUUAAAUAGAAAUAGUUUGCAGCACAUUUAUAGAUAACACUUAAACUGUGUUUGUAAAUCUAAAAUAUAAAAUAAUGUGCUUAAGCAUCGAUUUUCCUUUGCACAUCUGUAAAACAUGAAACAGCACCCUGCAUCACACUGCUGAUUUGUCCCAACUUUGCAUAACAACUGUACUUUGCUCUCUGCAAGGAACUAUUGACUAACUGGUUCUGUGUCACCUUUAACAAUACCUAAUUAUAAUGCAUGCAAUUACUGUCUGCUCUGAUUCUUAACUGGACUGUACAAACAAGAUGAAGAUUGAUUUUUAAUCAAACAACAGUGAAUACAGCACAGAUUUAGUGCUAUACAUGCCAUUUCACUCAUUCACAACUUAAUUAGGGGGUAUUUGUGGCAUUUGCUAUUCUGGACCAUAUAUUAUGUUGUGAAUAAUUGAGUUUUUGGAAAAAUUAUGACUGCUAUACUCAGUCAAUUUACAGAAGUGUCAACUUCACCCUUGCAUUAUUGGCAUUUCUGACAAUUGCCAUUUCUGUUUAAAAUUGCAAUGUAAUGCUCCCGUAAUCAGAUAAUUCUAUAAUUUAGAGAUUAGAGCUUCAUGGAUGGCAGGAGGAACAGUUUCUUGUUGUUGGAUGUUUCCUUAUUGGUUACAAGCAGGGAAUGACUGCACACUUGGUGUGUGCACAGUCGGUGUCGCCUGGAUCAAUCGUUUACUGGAUAUUGAGGUUCAGUCUGUGAACCCUAAUCCUGUGAGGUGCUUUGGAAUUGUUAAUAUUGCACAUAUGUGGUUGGUAACAUAAUUCAUUUUUGUCUUGGAGAAGAGACAAAUGAACCCAUAAAUGAACAAUGAACUCAACACUGUGUAUACAUUUGCAACAGUACCUGAUAUCAGUGCUUUAUAUGUGUCUCUUUUUCAGCUGCUGUUGCAUAUGUUACUAAAGCACUUGGAUACAUCAUUUUCUUUUACGAUCAGUAUUUUCUACUGGAAUGCUGAACUGUGUCUUAAUGUUGCUUUAUUGGAAUUAGCCUACUCCGCCACCUGUCAAGGUUUUUCUGUGUGCUACCUUUUUGUUAGAUUUAAAAGUGAUACAUUUUCACUGUUGUGUUGUUCUUUGUCGUCAGUUCAUGAUACAGAAUAUCCACUUGUGUGCUAAACUUGAGUCAUUUUGAAUUAUCAUGAUGGAGAAUAUUCACUAUCAAAGCUUUUUACUCAAUUGCUUAUCAAUUUUUGUAUGUAGGAUAUAGCUGUUUUUUGCCUCUGUAAAUACAACUAAUGAUAUUUAACCAUAGACUGUGAACAAAAAUGGGCAUAGUCUUCCAUUUUCAAAAUGAGCUCCCGUUGUGAAGCCAGUUGAUGCCAGUUUUUGAAAUUCACAGAAGUCACCUGUAAUCUGGGACCUAUUGGACGAUAGGUGCCAGCUCUCCAUCACACAGCAUAAUAUUGAUCAUAAAGACCUGAAACAGUGACCGAGACAGUAAACUCAUCAGGAAAAUGUCUACUGAUGUUAUAAGUUGUAAAAAAAACAAAAAAAACCUGUAGGCUACAAGGUUUAUUGUUACUUUUGGGUCAGCCUCAUCCAGUAAAGUAUAAGACUAUGUCCACUUUUUAUAUAUGGUUUAUGUAUUGAGCAACAAUGUUUCAGUUGAUUUGCGUAACAAUGAUAUACAGACAUGCUGUGAAGGAAACUAUUUUAGCAGCUUAUAGAAAAUAAAAUCAUAGAUAGGACUGCCUGACAUGCAGCAGGUUGUAAAUAAAAGCAGCUUCUCUUGGUAUAAAGUUGUUAAAUGUUAAUAAUGUUGUAAAGUUCUGUUUUAGUGUAGGCUAUUUUGUAUUUUUAUAAAAAGCCCUUCUGUUUACUUUAUUGGUUGAUGUAUCAUCACCUACAUCACAUGGUCAUUGCCUCACUGUACUGUCGAGUCAUUGCACUGUAAGCCUGUUCAAAAUGAGUUUUAUUUUACAUAUUGUGAUGGAUAAUCUUUAUCUUAAUAGAAGAAUAAUUACCGACUUGGAUGUUUCCCCCACAAACAUUAGUUACUAUGCUAUUUUAUCAGAAAUUAGAAAACCCACAGAGGCAUUAGAUCCCAUGUCUCAAACAAUGGCCUUUUGGGAAUUAUUAUGCUGCUGUCUUCUAAAGCUGUUGAUGUGAAUCUCUCAAAAUCCACUGACUGUAUUUCCCCUGAAUGGAUAUGCCAACGUUUUUAUUCAUUUACUAUAAAUUGAUUUUCAAAGUCACUGCCUUAUGCCCUCUAGCUUGAAAAGCUGGGCUUUUGUUGUUAUGCCAAAUUUAAACUUUUUUUUUUCUGUAUACUUAACAUAGUGUAACAAUGAAAGGACUAAAUAUUGAGUACUGUUGAAGGCUAUGAAGGUUGUAUAGUAUCAAAUUGUUGUUAAGACUGAAUUAAACAAAAUAUGAAAUUUG